AUGGCGUCUUCUCAGGUAAAGAUCGCCUCUUUACGAUCUAACUUCGGUUCUGUCCUUAAAGAUCGCAACCGGCGGCACAACGACGACGACGUCGUUUUCCAGAAGAAUCUGAAAGCUCAAGUGAAAUCUGCGGCGAUCUCCGACGAGAAUUCCCAGAACAGAGUCGAUUCUAGGAUCGGAAACAAGCCGAAAAAGAAGAACAAAAGCCGUCUUGGUUCGCCGGAGAAAUCACGAACCAGAAAAAGGAACAACUUUUCCGACAGCAAGAGAAACGACAAUCUUGGAGGAGCUUCUUCUCUUGUUCAGAUAUGGGAGGCGAGGCUGAAUCGAUCCAGCGGCGGAAACUCGCCGAUCCAUGGCCAAUCAACAGAGAGCGUUCAAGAAGAAACCAACCUUUCGGCUCCAUCCAUCGACGGAGAAUCUGAAUCGGAGAACGAAUCGAACAAUCCUGAUCGAACGGUGGAGAUUGAAUCCGAGACUCUCAAUUCGGUUUCUGAUUCCGGAGAGAGCAAAUGGGGCCGAGUCGCUGACAUUAUACGAAGACUGAAGCUAACCGCCGGCGAUAAUGGCGGGACCGUCGACAUGCCGAUUAUAAAAACGCAGGUGGUGGAGAAAAACAGUUUUCCGGUGGUUACUUGUUCGCCGCGACUCCGAGGAAGGCAAGCAUUCUCCGAUUUGCUUACGCGUCUGGAACGCGACCGUCACCGUGAACUGCAGUCGCUUCUUGAACGCAACGCAGUUUCUAGGUUUCCUCAACGUGGUCGCCUCCAGUCAAUGUUGCGGCUAAGGAGUCUCAAACGCGGCCUAGUGAUUCAAGAUCGUCAACGGUCUAGCGCAAAAACACCUGAUUUGAAUCGCCUCAAACCUGGCUCUACAGUUCUUCACCUAAGGGAAAAAUUCAGGGCAAACGCAGCAAACGCCUCUUCUGAAGCAGAACGGAAAAAAGGUCAACAAUCAACUGUAGAAACAGAGAGAAGUACCGAGAGCAUGCAGUCUAAAGAAACUAGUAUUCUUCUAGAAACUUCAUCCACAGAGCGGUUAAGCCCUCGAAAGAGCAAGAUAGAAGAAGCAAUUUUACGAAAGAAAGAAAAUGAAACAGAAAUGAGUUACCUUCAGCUGCAAGAAACCAUAGUAGCAGAAGCUUUGAAAAGAAAAUCUGAUAAGACCAUCACCAGCGUAACUCAUCAAGAACCGCGGAAACUGGAGAACGAGGACGCGAACAUGGUAGAAAUCAGUACACAGGAAACUCGAGAAACACCGUUCCUUGAGAGAAAAGAAACGACGUUACGAUGGGAAGAGCAAGAAGAGUAUGAGGAUGAACAGUCUUAUUACGGAGAAAUGAGCUACGACUGGUUUACAGAAAUUGCUCGGCCUCGGACUUAUUGGGAAGAUCUGAGGAAAUCACGGUAUCAGGAAGUGAUGAACACUCGAUCUGACAAAGAAGAUAUAUGCAGACUCCUUGAGAGUAGAACGGUUUCGGAUUUUCUCCAGAGCGGUUUGCGAGAGAAGAUCGAUAAGCUCAUAAUGUCUCGUGUUCAGACAAAUCCGGUUCGGCGGAUUGAGGAAGCUGGUAAAGAGGAAGAGAAAUGUGACAUAGAUAAAGAAGAAGAAGUUGAAGUCAGAGAUUACUUGAGCCAAACGUCAUCUCCGAUCUUUGCGCCUUCACCGGCAGGAUCAUGGAGUUCUCAAGACACCGGUGUUGCUUCCACACCUCUGAACAAUCUUCAUUCCACUGAUAUGGAGAUUAUAAGCGAUUUGAGAUCACAGAUUUUACAGCUCCAACUAGACAUGUCGGAGCUAAGAGACUCUGUCAAAACGUGUUUGGACGUAAACGCUAGCCUUCAAAAGUCAGUUCACCGGGAUAAUCCCCUGAAACGCAAAUGCUGCGUUUGUAACGAAACGCUAGUUGAAACACUUCUAUACAGGUGCGGGCACAUGUGCACAUGCCUCAGAUGUGCAAACGAACUACAAUGUAAUGGCGGGAAAUGCCCGAUUUGUCGUGCUAAGAUCCUAGACGUUGUUCGCGUCUUCGUCGAUCCAAGAACCUGAAAUUAUAUUUAUAACCAA